AUUAUAACGCGCACGAGUAUACAUUCUCCAACAAGCAUGUCUAGCUUAUGGAUAUUAGCAAUAUGCCUUCUUCAAUGGCAUUAUUGUGCGACAGCAACCAAUUGUUCUGGUUGGAAAAGAAUUCUGUCGGCAUCGGAUCGAGCGUUUCACUCUCCCAACGUGACAACAACCUGUUCUGACGUGAACAAGUGUGUGAUAGCGUGUCACAGGACGGGGUUUUCGGAGUCUCUGACCUUCCACAUCGAAACCAACACUUGUAUGUGUUAUGACGUGGACAGGUCAAAUGAUACUUUAUACACCUUCGUACCACAGCUAGGAACUUUAUUCUAUAGUAAAAACAGCAAAACGGAAUCUCAGAACUCGGUCAUCGCCGUCACAUACAACUCCGUUACAAAAACACCCUGUUUGGAGUUACUAGACUCUGGCCAUACCAAAGACGGUAUAUACGAAAUGACGACCGAGACCGGGGUGGUAUUCAACGUGUUAUGUAACAUGACGGCCGGAGGCUGGACAAUACUCCAACAUAGGGUCAACAACACCGAGGUCUUCAGUCGGACCUACCAGAAUUACGUGGACGGAUUCGGCUCCCUUCACGGCGAAUUCUGGCUCGGACUGGAGUUCAUGUACAUCAUGACAAGGCAGCCUCGGUCAGUCAAGUUCGAUCUGCUCAAAGAUACGAAUGUCUGGUUGUUAUUACAAUACAGCUCCUUUACCAUCGACGAUUCCGCAGCAUAUUACAAACUGCACGUGUCUGGUCACGUGGCUUCCGCCGGAAUGUGUACUUAUACGUUCACUUACAAUGAUGGCAUGGAGUUCUACGCCAAAGACAGAGACAGGUCAAGCUGUGCUACUAACCGCAAAGGAGGCUGGUGGUUCCAAGGGUGCACUUGGCUUAAUAUUAACGGCGGCUACGGAGUACGGAACAGUAUGGCCACUAUGGGCGAAUACUGCAGUGGUUACAAUUACUUUACGGAGACAGUUAUGAGCAUACGAUAGUUAAAUUUGAUUUUCAAUGAUUAUAUCAGUGAGGAUUAUGGCACAAAGUUAAAAAAAUCUAUUACUUUUUAGCAUAAAGAUUCGUACAUGUAUGUUUGUUUUGCAGUAAUUUUGGAUAAAUUGACAAAUUACAACUUUGUGCUCUGAUGCUCCAUCGAAUUCUUGCUGCCGUUAUUUAAUAAUAAUAACAAUAAUUCGAGGUUCUUAUAUACCGCUUUAUCACAAC